AUGUUGAGCCGUCCUUGGUACAAGCGACAUGUCAUAUGGAAUGAUCAGGAAUGGAACCUCCUUGAGCGUCAUUCGGAAGGGUACGACACCCAAUCGUUGAUGAUCAGUUGCGGCACCGUUACCAUGGAUCAUGCUGCACACUCCGAUAGGAGGGUGCUGCUUAUAUGGAACAAGAACACCAGAGCUUGGCAACUCCCCAAAGGUCGAAAGAACGUCCACGAAGAUUUCUCAGAUGCAGCACUACGCGAAACUGCGGAAGAAACUGGCGUGGCUGUCCAGCCGCUGUAUUUGAGAUUUUGCACGCGGCUCACAUUGCCGGAACGAACAGAAAAAGAGACCGCCCUCAUGUUGAGGCAGCAGUCAAGUGUACCAACAAAGAACAGCGAAAAUAAUGACAAUGGUAUCAUCAAUCUUCUAAACCGAGACAUAUUUUGCAUCAGCCAGUAUCCAGACCCGGCAACAGGGGCUAUGAGACAUAUUUACUGGUAUGCCGCAAAGCCUCUUCGAGGUAUAUCACCUGACGAAACUCUGCUGGGCCAGCAAGACAGUCUCGUCAUGACAGCACAGUGGUUCACUGCUGCUGAAGCUCUUAGUCGUCUUAAGAUGUCUGUCGAGAGAAAGGCUGUGGCACUGGCAGUUCAUUAUGCGGAACAGAUGACAGAAGAGGAGUGGGGAUAUUCCCUUGCGCUGUAG